AUUAAAAUGCCCAACCAUCCCAUCAGCGCUUAUAGGAAUGGUUGAAGGAGCGGUUGACCCUCACCAACAAAGUGUGAACCAAAAGGUGGUGACCAACUUUCUCAAUCUUCCUCCUCCCCAACAAACCUUCUUCAUUUUCUCCUCCUUCUUCUUGGCGUUCCCUUCACUCACUACCCGACUCUAUCUCCUUCUUUUCCCACCGUCAUCCGAUGGCGGUCGCUUUCACUCCGAUAUGUCCUCGAAGACCCAUCAAGCUUUUGCCUUGUUAAGCCCUCUCGCGAGAUACCCACUGGGAAAAUGAAGCGUCUCUCCCUGAUUUACUCAAUCAUGGAGAGAAAAUGGAUCUUUCCUUUAGCCAUCGGUUCCAUCUUCUCGCUAGUUUUACUCUUCUUAACCACAUUGAUCACUUCCGAUGGUACGCCUACCAAUGGUUCUCCGUACCCCUCUGUGGUUUUUCCGUUUGGGUUCGGCUACCGCGACGGGAAGCCACUCUUCGUGGAGUCUAAAUUGGCGUCGUCUUCUCCGUCCACUGCCCUGCCUCCUCCCUGUAGACUUGCUUAUUUGAUCUCUGGUACUGUCGGUGACGGCGAGAGGUUGAAGAGGACUCUUCAAGCGGUGUACCAUCCUCUUAACAGCUACGUAGUUCAUCUGGAUCUCGAGGCGCCCCCGAAGGAGAGGAUUUCGCUUUUCAAUUACGUAAGGAAAGAUCCGGUGUUUUCGAGAUUCAAGAAUGUUCAUGUGAUUACGAAGUCGAAUCUCGUCACUUACAGAGGGUCGACGAUGGUGGCCAACACGCUGCACGCUGCGGCAUUGCUGCUGAAGAAGGGGGGAGAGUGGGAUUGGUUCAUUAACCUCAGUGCUUCGGACUACCCUCUUGUCACUCAAGAUGAUCUGUUGCACACCUUUUCAUAUUUGCCGCGUGAUUUGAACUUCAUUGAGCACACGAGUAAUAUUGGAUGGAAAGAAUUCCAGAGAGCUAAGCCCAUUAUAAUAGAUCCUGGACUCUACUUGACGAAGAAAGCAGACGUUUUCUGGGUGACACAGAGAAGGAGUGUCCCUACUGCAUUUAAACUCUUCACAGGUUCUGCUUGGGUGGCACUUUCUCGGGCUUUCAUCGAGUACUGCAUAUGGGGUUGGGACAAUCUGCCAAGGACUGUUCUGAUGUAUUAUGCUAAUUUCCUUUCCUCCCCUGAAGGAUACUUUCACACUGUUAUAUGUAAUGCACAUGAAUUCAGGAACACGACUGUUAACAGCGAUUUGCAUUACAUAUCUUGGGACAACCCUCCGAAGCAGCACCCUCACUACCUUACUCUGAACCAUUCUCAACGCAUGGUAGACAGUAAUGCACCUUUUGCAAGGAAAUUUUAUAGAGAUGAUCCAGUGCUUGACAAGAUUGAUGCAAAGCUUUUAGAUCGUGGCAGUGGAAGGCUCGUUCCAGGAGGCUGGUGUAUUGGAGACAGGGAAAAUGGGAGUGAUCCUUGCUCUGUCGUUGGUGAUACAACAGUACUCAAGCCUGGUGCAGGCUCCUGGAGACUGGAGCACCUUAUGGUGGAUCUACUUUCAAAGGAAAAAUUCAGACCAAGGCAGUGUGUUUGAAGAGGUGCUGCUGCUCUAGAAAUGGCCAUAUGAGGUUUACCUUCCCAUGCCUUGAGCCUGUCUUUGCGACUGCACAAGGUUGAUUCUUUUGCUGGAGCUAUUAUUCUUGUAAAUACUGUUGCAACUGGCAUUGAAAGAGUUCAUGUCCUACUCGGCCUGCAAGGAAAGUGGUGCCCUCUUUCUGCUGUCCCUGUAUUCAAGCUUGCUCCACCUGGGCCUUUCUUUUCUGGCUUGCCUGGCCUCUAUCAUAUGUUACAGUGCUUUUAUUGAAUUAAUACGAUUCAGAGAUAGAUAAUCCUUUUGCCUCAAAAAAUGGGAGCUUUUGGUUGGACUCCUAAUUUUUUACUGAACCUGCAAAUUUGCCCUGACAAGGAAAUGAAUGAGCUUGGCAGCAUUAAAUAUUGCCAAAUUGAAGCACCAGGUCAUCAGUUUUGCAUUCUUUUUUGGUCUGGCAGAAACAAUGGCCAACUCUGGUAGAAGGAACGAAGCUUUUUGAUUUGUUACAUGCAGCUGCUGGAAAGGUGCUGCUUAUGCAUCCUUGAGAAAAAGGCAAGCCUGCCCUUUAUCAAGUUUUCAUUUGACGCUACUGUGAGAUUCGAUAGGGGGAGACUUGUGAUUUAACUGCUGCAUUCCUUUUUAUCUUUGUGAUUUAGUUUCUUCAUCCCUUUCUAUGUUUAUCUGUAUCCAAAACAAUUCUGAAAGACCAUUAUUGUGGACCGCCAACUGCUGCCUUCGCUGUUGCAUUAGCAGCAUUAAGCAGAAUUACAAAUUUAUGUUCUGAUACAGCAAGUCAUUAGAUCCAAAUCCAU